AGUGACACGAAAUGAACAGCUCUUAUAGUUGUUUGAAUGACUUAUUGAUUGUUUAAACGAUUGAAUGAUUUGUCACUCAUUUAUAACAACUGUUUGAUAGAAAUGUUUUGACAUUCAAUGAAAUAUUGAAUUUAUUUGUCAUUUAUUUAAUCGAUUUAUUGUCCAAAUAAUUACAGAAUGUCUUCCAGAAGACGGUGUAUGAGUGAAGUCACCGAUUGUGCCAAAUGUGACACAAAUGACGAAUCAGAUGUCAAACAUACGAAAAGUGGUGAUCAAAACAACAGUCAAAUCCCAAGAUAUAUAGGCGGAGGACGACAACGACGACACUCGGACUCACAAUCCAAGAGUGGUGUCACUCAUAAUCAUCAAACAAAUGCUCACUCGUCUAACGGUUGUCUUAUUCACGGAAUUCGCUCAUCAAAUGAUAAUCUGUUGUAUCAGAUGUUGCAAACAUUAGAUUUAAGUAAUAAUCAAAUACCGGAUCAGAUCAGAACCAUACAUGAGAACCAUGUCUGCAGUAAUAUCGGUAAAAGUAGAUCUGUUCCAACUUCUAAACUAACAUCACGUCAAACGACUCCAUUUUCAACGCCAUCGACACCAACUGAUUCACGAAGACUUUCGGCAAAUAGAAGUACAUUAAGUCAUACAUCUUCGCCAUUAAGACAAUCCAAAUCAUCGUUGACUAUGCCUUCAAGUUAUAGUAAUAGGACUACGAGUCAAAAGACAUUUGCCGAAUAUAUGCCAUUAUGUGAGCUUCAAAAAGGUCUACAAAAGGGAGAGAUUGUUGAAGGCGUCUUGAGGAUUAAUCCACGCAACUAUACAGAUGCCUACAUAAGCGCACCGGAGGGCGGUCUAGACAUAUACGUUGGAGGAAUGAUUGAUAGGAAUAGGUCUUUAAAUGGAGACAAAGUGGCAGUCAAGUUGAAUGAAUGUAAAGACUGGAAGAUUCUUUAUGACACUCUUCGUGUUAAUUAUCACGAAUGGGGACAAGAUUUGGAGGGAAUAUAUUUAAAAUAUAAUACACACACUAAAGAAGCGGUUAAUUUAAUAGCCAAUUGUUCUAAUAGUACUUUGAGUCACAUUGAGAUUAUUGAUGAAAAUGAUGAAGAUUUAGAAGAAAAAUCAUUAAGUGUUAGUCUUAGUCCAGAUUCGAUUGAUACUAAACUCAGCAAUGAUAAUGAUGUCAAUGAAAGUGUUGUUAAAAUUGAUGAAACUAGUGAUACAAAAAGUAAACCCAAGAAAAAAAGAUCGCGAAAUAAGAAGAAGAAUAAAAGUGAUGUCAAACCUAAUGCUAAUGAAAGUGUUGUCAAUAAAACUGGAAAAGUUGUGAAAGUAUUUGACGAAUUAAGCAAACGAAUUGACAGAAUUCGUGGUAUAAGUGUUGAGCAUUUAAUGGAAGCGUUAUUUUGGAAAAAAUUUAUACAAAAAACUGGAAAAGUUGUAUCGAUUGUUGAAUCAAAUCAUAUCCGCAUUGCUGGCGGAAAAUUGACGCAUAUGAAGGACAAGAACCAAAAUUGGGCUCUUUUUGUUCCCAAUGACUCGCGAUUUCCUCGAUUACGAAUACCAAUGAAUUUAUGUCCGCAUGACUUCUAUUAUCAUCCGCAACACUAUUCAGAUACUCUUUUUGUAGCCAAGAUUGAAGAAUGGAAAACCACUGAUCAUUUUCCAAGCGGUUCACUAAUAAGACAAUUAGGAAAUGCCGGUGACAUAGAUGUUGAAAGUGAUUUGAUUUUAAUUGAAAAUAACAUUGAAAGUGAAGAGUUUCCCGAUGAAGCAUAUUAUGGUUUACCAAACAUAACUGAUAAUGAAUGGGAAGAUUUAAACAGUCAGUGGACUAUUCCUGAUAAAGAGAUUCAUUAUAGACGUGAUUUCCGCAAUGAAUGUGUUUUUACUAUUGAUCCGUCAACUGCUCGUGAUUUAGAUGACGCCCUUUCCAUUAAACUCAUUGAUGACGACUUGUUUGAAGUCGGUGUUCACAUCGCAGAUGUUUCUCAUUUUCUUAAAGAAGACAUGCCUUUAGAUGAAAUUGCCAGAAGAAGAACUACAUCAAUAUAUUUAGUUCAAAAAGUUAUCCCAAUGUUACCGCAGAUAUUAUGUGAAAAACUUUGUUCAUUGAAUGCCGGCGAAGAUAAGCUAUCGUUUUCAGUGGUUUGGAUGAUCGAUAAAAAUGGAGAUAUUGUUUCGGAAUGGUUUGGCCGCACUAUUAUACGAUCGUGUGUUAAGUUAAGCUAUGAGUUGGCACAGGAUAUGAUUAAUGAUUCAAAUCACAAAGAAACAGGUCUUCCAAUAGGGUUUUCUCCAUACAUAUAUCGGGAUUCAAAUAAAUUGGUUGAAGAAUUGAUGUUAUUGGCAAAUAUGGCGGUCGCACACAAGAUAUACAACACAUUCUGUGAAACUGGAUUUCUUCGUAACCAUCCGCCGCCAUCAGAGGAUGCGCUCCGAGACUUUAAUAAGUUUUGUGAUUAUAAUGGUUUUCAUGUGGACACGUCAUCAUCACUGCUAUUGAAUCAAACAUUAGAGACUAUUGUUAAUAACGACCCGAAUAUAUCUCGAGUUGUGGCACAUUAUCUAUUGAAAACUAUGCAAAUGGCCCGAUAUGUGUGUCCCGGUAUGGAAAGCGCAUCAUUACAUCAUUACGCCCUAAAUGUUCCGUUAUAUACUCACUUUACUUCACCCAUAAGAAGAUACGCUGAUGUUAUUGUCCACCGCCUUCUGGCGGCCUCAUUGUCCUAUUGUCCUCAGAUUAAAGAUUCGCCGACCGAUUUGCAUCGUUUAGCCCAACGUUGCAACGAUAAAAAGUUGGCCUCACGUAUUGUCAGCGAAAAAAGUGCUCACCUUUUCCUUAAUUGUUAUAUCAAACACAUCCAUAAAAUGGAAACUAAAGCCAUUGUUGUUCAAGUUUAUGACCAUUCUUUUGAUGUUAUGGUCAUUAACUGUGGUAUUAUUUCACGGGUAUAUGUGGAUCCAUUACCGCUCAAACAAUUUACAUUUAGUACAAAACAUGGUAAAAAUGAAUUGGUAUUGGAAUGGAUUGAUAGCACCGAUAGUUUACCUAAAGAAUUAUGUAAACAAACCAUCACUGCAUGUCUUAUUGUUCGCAUACAAGUGUCUGUCAAUGAAGAGGACUCAAGUAAAUUGAAUACUUUAUUGCAACAUCCAAAUGGAAAUUUCAUACAAAACCAAUUCAUCAAAACAACUAAUACUCAAUCUAUUAGUAAAUCUUGA